AUGUGGGUGGACGGACACUCUCGUCCGCUACUCGUCCGCUGUUCGUCCGCUCCUAUGUUCGUGCUAGGUACGAUGUGUCUUGUGACUGUAGCAUGCACUCACUUUCGAAAAGGCGCGGACGACGUUUAUAUCGCGUCCGAUCCGACGACUACUGCGACCGACACGACGGCCGCCCAUCGCAUUCCGACCACGUCCUCUCAUAGUGAACUCAAGAUGUACUUGUCGCACUUGGCAGCGCUGAAUGCAGUCAGUCAGUACUUGCACGUAGCUGCUGAUUGA